AUGGCACGCAGGGAUAGGGAACGGGGUUGGUUGGUAGCGGGAUCGUCAACAGACGCACAAAGUGCAGCUGCCGUGAUAUACUCCUCAGUGGAGAGAGUGCGGUCCUACCCCUCGGUGGAGAGAGUACGAUCAUGUGAGGGAGUGGCAGAGGACGACAUUGUGCUGCGCAAGCUGCUCUCCCCUCCUCCCUCGCCCCGCCACCCUCCGAACGCAUUCUCUUCCCCUUCUUUACCCCAACCCAAUCCAUCAGACCCCUCAGUGGAGAGAGUGCGGUCCUGUGAGGGAGUGGCGGAGGACGACAUUGUGCUGCGCAAGCUGCUCUCCCCAACGCCCUUCAAGCUCACUCCGAAAACGCUCCCCGCCAACCUCGUCCUCUCCUUCGCGCUCGGCCUUUCCGCUGCCAACCUAUCAGCACUCGCCACGUCAUUCAGAAAAUUCGUGCUAGAAGGAAGCAGCGGCAGUAGCAUUAGCAGUGGUGGUGGAGGAGGGGAUGGGAGUGACAGUGGGGGCAAGUGGGCAGCAGCGCUACCAACCUGCGCUAUCGUGCCCAUGAUGCUUCUUAGUAACCCUUUUUACCUCUCCCACCCUUUCCAGGCAAGCAAGUGGGCAGCAGCGCAUGCCACCAACCUGCGCUAUCGUGCCUUCCACCUCUUCCUGCGCUCCCUGGACUUUGAGGGCACUGUCAUCCUCGCUGACCCUACAGAUGUCCUCUUUCUCGCCAACCCAUUUCCCACACUGAAUGACAUGUCUUUUCAUCUCUUCACGGGAUCGGCCACCUACCCAACACACGGCAUCCGUUUCCUGCCUCCAGAGCACAAGCGCCUUGCGACAUGUUACGGCACCCGCCUGGCAUUCUCGCUCGCAAACUCACGGAUUAUCACAUCCGGCUUUGUGGCGGGGACUAUGAGCCAGGUGCCAGAGUUCUUGAUACAGGUCGUAGAAGACUUUGAGAGGCUACCAGAGGAAUGUAUAGCGCUGGAGGGAAGUGAUGAAGCUGUUGUGAACCAUCUCGUUCGCUCAGCAUCCUUCCCGGAUGUGUUUGACAUGGGGAAGAAGCUGGGCUCGGGGCAGUUCGGCACAACCUAUGUGUGCGUGGAGAGAGCCACAGGACAGGCGUACGCGUGCAAGUGCAUUCCCAAGAGCAAGCUGCUGACGGAGGGAGACGUGGAGGAUGUCAGAAGAGAAGUAGCAAUACUGUACCACGUGCAGAAUCAACCCAACAUUGUGAACAUCAAGGAUGCGUAUGAGGACAAGGAUCACGUGUACAUUGUGAUGGAGCUGUGCACGGGAGGAGAGCUCUACGACACGAUUAUAAAGAGGAUAGAGGCCAGAGGAGUGCCUUACUCGGAGAAGGACGCAGCAGAGAUGGCGAAGGUGAUAGUGCGAGUGGUGGAGUGCUGUCACUCGCUGGGCGUCGUGCAUCGAGACCUCAAGCCCGAGAACUUCCUGCUUUCCAGCAGGGACGAGGCCACGGCUGAGCUCAAAGCCACGGAUUUCGGCCUCUCUUGCUUCUAUAAAGGCGAGGGCAUGUCGCGGCACUGUGGCAGCCCCAUGUACAUGGCGCCGGAGGUCAUCAAGUGGCGGCCAGGGGCGUUUCUAAUGGCCAAGCGGCCGCCCAAGUAUGGCCCAGAGGUGGACGUGUGGAGUGCAGGCGUCAUCAUCUACGCGCUGCUCUGCGGCUUCCCACCCUUCUACCACCGGAGCCAUUCCACAAAGGAGAUAUUCAAGGCGGUGUUGCGAGGCAACCCCACGUUUGCCAUUGCGCCGUGGCCGUCCAUCUCGGACCAUGCCAAAGAGCUCGUCAAGUCCAUGCUCAACCCCGACCCCUCCAAGCGCCCCACCGCCCACCAAGUGCUCUGCCAUCCGUGGCUGUCAGAGGGCAUGUCAUACGUCGAGCCUCUGCCUCCGGUGGUGCUGACGCGGCUGAAGCAGUUCACAUCCAUGGUCAAGAUGAAGCGGAUGGCCAUGAAGGUCAUUGCAGAAUCCUUACGAGAGGAAGAAAUUCGCGGGCUAAGAGAGAUGUUUCAGGUCAUGGAUACGGACCGCAGCGGCACCAUCACAGUGGAGGAGCUUCGAGCGGGACUGAGGAAAUUCGGGGCACAGUUGAGCGAUCUAGAGAUCAACAAGCUCAUGGAAGAGACGGACAUAGACCAGAGUGGGGAGAUAGAAUACGGAGAGUUUCUGGCGGCCACGAUGCAUCUGAGCAAGCUGGACCAGCAGGAGCACCUGCUGCGCGCCUUUGCGUUCUUUGACCGCGACGGCAGCGGCAGCAUCACCCUGGACGAGCUACAAAAGGCGUGUGAGGAGCUCAAGAUGAGCCGCAAGGAGAUUGAGGCCAUGAUGCGCGAGGUGGACGAGAACAAUGACGGCACGAUAGACUACAACGAGUUUGUGGCGAUGAUGCGCGAGUCGCAGAUGCACGGGUUGAGUCGCAGAGACAUCCUGAACGGCCAUGCUGGGCUGACAGACGUGGAGAUGAACAGCCAGUCCUUCCGCCAGCUCAUGUCCAUUGACUGA